CACGACAGAGGUGGUCACACGGCCGGUGCACUCUACUGGUAACGCCCUGGCAGCACAUUUUCAGGCCCUGUCAUAAUCCCUUUGAGGUUUCAGGAGUAUAAGAGGCCCCCUGGACGCCCUCUUCAUUUCGAAAGCAAACCUGGUUGUGACAGUCUCAACUGAGAGCUACCACAGCUGAGUGACCAAACCUGCAGACAAAUACGUCUCAUCAUUCUCAGCAGACCACCAGCCAGUAAAACAGAAGGAUGAAUCUGGAGGUAGCCCAAACUGAUGUGAAGUCUGGAAAAAAGGCAGCAACCAGAGCUACUGCCCCUGGCUCUCCUCGCAAGGGACCCCCUAAAUUCAAGCAAAGGAACACCCGCCAGUUUAAAAGCAAGCCCCCCAAGCGGGGUGUCAUUGGAUUUGGAGAUGAUAUUCCUGGGAUGGAGGGUCUUGGCACUGACAUCACGGUUAUCUGCCCCUGGGAGGCCUACAGUCAUCUGGAACUUCAUGAAUUAGCUCAGUAUGGCAUCAUCUAAGCUCAUAGCCAUGGGAUCAACUUCAGAAUUCCUGUUUCUGGCAAGUGGUUCUAAGUCUGUCAAAAGUCAACGCACUCAAAUGUACUCCUCUUGGUCAUUGUUUUGACUGAAUUCGAAGAUAUCGAGGUUGACAUUCUCCUCUCGUGUAGUAUCAUUUGAGGUUUUCUAAUUUGAAUUUCUCUCUGCCAAGUCAUACUGUUUCAGUAACAAACUAGCCAAUCAUAUUUUACUCUUUAAAAGUCUCCCUCUCACUCCCUCCUCACCUCCUGCAGGAUCCGAAUGACAAUCUAGCUGUUCAGCUUUUUCUUAUUCUCUAGUUAAUUUCCUCACUUUGUCAUGUGAAAGUGAACAACAGACAUGUUACCUGCUCAGGGAGAACCCUUUCCUCUGUCCCAACUUCCAACAGUUCCUCUUUCCUUCCUGCUCAGUGAGACACUAUGUAGCCCUUAUACCUGCUUGAACCACCUUGUUCGGAAUACUACUGUAAUGUCUCCUAAGUUCUCAUCUUCUAUACCAAUGCAUACUGUUCUAUUCCUGUACUCUUUUAUACUGUAGUUAUAGUUUCCUACUCAUUCUCAAGCUGCCAUUUUGAUACACCAUUUCCAGAUUUAAGUGCUGAGUGUAUGUUUAGUGGAGGAGUAUGUGGAACAGUAACUGAGAGCAGCUCUGGCUGCUGAUGAGCUUGGCUCAUGUUACUGGCCUUAAAGUACUAAUUGUGGGAACUUUGUAGGGAAUUUUGUACAUAAUCAACUGCAUUGGAUUGGUUUGAACAUACUCAGAAUAAAGCUUGAGAAUUAUU